CGCGGUUUCCGUAGUACGUAAGUAAACAUGGCGGAGUAUUCCCUCGUUAAAAGGACCAAGCUGGUUCUUAAGGGGUCGAAGUCAAAAAGUAAGAAAAAAAAUAAAGAUAAAAAAAGGAAAAGAGAAGAAAAUGUUGAAGAUCAGCUUGAUAUUGUUGAAGGCUGGUGGACGGUAACAAAUUUUGGUGACAUCACAGGAACCGUAGCAAUAGAGAUGGGUCUUGGAACCUAUAUCAGUGCCCUUGACAAUGGUCUUUUUACUCUUGGAAUCCCACAUAAAGAUGAAGGUCCUACACCUCCUGAACAAUUUACUGCUGUCAAGCUGUCGGAAACAAGAAUUGCACUGAAAUCAGGCUAUGGCAAGUACCUUGGCAUUAAUUCCGAUGGGCUGGUCAUUGGACGUUCUGAUGCAAUUGGUACGAGGGAGCAGUGGGAGCCAGUGUUUGAAGAGGGAAAAAUGGCUCUCUUAGCAGCAAACAGUUGCUUUAUCAGCUGUAAUGAAGAAGGUGAUAUUGUAGCCAAAAGUAAAACAGCAGGCAAUGAGGAAAUGCUUAAGAUCCGAACAAUUGCUGAAAGAGAAGCCAAGCAAAAAGAUGACAUUCCACCAGAAGACAAAGGAAAUGUUAAGCAAUGUGAAAUCAACUACGUGAAGAAGUUUCAGAGUUUUCAAGACCGUAAACUCAAAGUAAGCCAAGAAGACACAAAAGCUCUGAACAAAGCUAGGAAAGAAGGCACUUUUCAUGAGACCUUGCUGGACAGGAGAGCAAAAUUGAAAGCUGAUAGAUACUGCAAAUAGUCAGAAGAGCAGCUGGCCUGUUCAUGUCCUGUCUUCUUCCUUUAUUGGUGGUUCUUUGUGUAAAUUCGUUUGAAUAAAACUUUUUUGUUGGAGUACCUUUUAA